ACCUUUAAAAACUCCCAGUGUAGCUUUAUUCUUGUGUGUCAGUCUUUUGCAUAACAUGUUUAAAGUUGACAAGUUGAAAUGAAUUGGUUGCAGUUGUCACCUGGUCUUUGUUGAGUCCAUUCAGAAGUGGAUGCCCAGUCAGCCUUUUCCCCCUCUGCUGUUUGUCCCACACAAAAGGACCAGCACUUUUCUGUGGACAAUACUGAGCGGGACAGGAGCACAGACGACCACGCAAAUGCAUCACAAAAUCUAAAUCUAAAAGGAUUUCUUUAUUACAGCAGAUGUUUUUAAAAAUGACUUUGCUGUUGUAGGAAGUGCACAGAGAUGGAGUACUCUUUAUGGACGAUGGUUUUCUUUUUUAAAAUCUAUUAUCUGUGUGACAUUUUGUGAGUCAGAGGAGGAUUUCUUCAUUUGUGGAACAGCCGUUGAAUCAGGAACAUGUCUGUGACCAAACCACCCUGCCAACUUCUGGAGUCUGAUCCAGAGGAGGACCAGGACGAGGUGACGGAAGUUGUGUGUCUGGAGUCUGACCUACGAGAAGGGCAGAUGAUGGAGGUGGAGGUCGGGGGCUACACGGUGCUGCUCACCAGGACUGGUGGAAGAUACUCUGCUUUGGAAAACCAGUGCACUCACUACGGUGCUCCUCUUAGCAAAGGUGUGAUUUCUGGGACCAAAGUGCGCUGUCCGUGGCAUGGCUCUUGUUUCAACACUCACACUGGAGACAUAGAGGAGUAUCCUGGUAUGGACAGUCUGCCCUGCCACAAGGUCAAGAUUCAAAACAGCAAAGUGUAUGUGUCCAUAAACAAAAAGACCAUUCGACAGGGGAAGAGGAUAAAACACAUGGGAGUAGCUGAACCAGGAAACCCUCACACAGUUCUGCUCAUAGGCGGAGGGGCCACGUCUCUGAGCUGUGCAGAAACUCUUCGACAAGAAAACUAUGGUGGUCGAAUCAUUAUGGUGUCGCGAGAUUACCUCCUCCCGUAUGACAAAACACGACUCAGCAAGGUGAUGAAUGUUCAGAGUGAGAGUAUAUUGUUGAGAGGAAUGGAGUUUUAUCAGAAAUAUGACAUCGAAGUAUGGCUCAAGAAAGAGGCAAAGUCUCUGGACCUCGAUGCCAAAACAGUUCAAUUUGAUGAUGGGGCGGUCCAGAGCUACGACCAACUGCUCAUCUCCACAGGCUGCAGAGCCAAGAUCCUGGAUGUCCCUGGGAUGAACUUAAAAAACGUGUUGAUGUUGGAGACGCCAGAAGACGCACGGCAGAUCCACGCGGUCUGUGAGGGCAGCAGAGUCAUCCUUGUGGGAACUUCUUUUGUUGGGAUGGAGGUGGCAUCAUACAUGUUGAACAAAGCCUCAGAUAUUACAGUGAUCGGCAGCAGCGACAUGCCUUACCAAAACACUCUGGGGAAAGAGAUCGGGAAAAUCACUCUCACGAUGUUGGCAGACAAAGGAGUCAAGUUUCAUAUGAACGAAUUUGUGACAGAGAUCCGAGGGGCAAACGGGACGUUGAAGGACAUUGUGUUGAAAAGUGGGACAGUGAUUCCUGCUGAUGUUUUGAUUGUUGGUAUUGGUGUCAAUCCAAACUCAGAAUGGCUUAGAGGAACUGAAAUAAAAAUGGACCAUAAGAAAUUUGUCGUAGUCGAUAAGUACAUGAAAACCAAUGUCCCAGAUGUGUUUUGUGGAGGUGACGUCUGCACUUUCCCCUUAAACAUGGCCAAAGAAAAGCAGGUCAACAUCGGGCACUGGCAGAUGGCCCAAGCUCAUGGGAAGAUAAUUGCUCUAAACAUGUUGGGGAGACAGACUGAACUAAAGUCAAUCCCUUAUUACUGGACCGUCCUAUUGGGUAGAACUAUGCGUUAUGCAGGCUAUGGGGAGGGCUACACUGAGAUCAUCAUAAAAGGAAAGGUUGAAGACAGGAAAUUUCUAGGACUGUACAUAAAGGACGAAAAGGUGAUUGCAGCGGUCAGUCUGAACUUUGACCCCGCUGUGUCUGCUGUGGCUGAGAGGCUCCUGUCAGGACGAGCCAUCACUAAAAUAGAGGCACAAUCAGAUGACCUAAGCUGGUUAAAGCUGCCAUGAAGCCAUUCAGCACAUUUUAAAGUUGUUAAAUCAUAUUUGUGUUCAUUCUUGGAUGGAGUGUACUGUCCAUUUAAACAAACAGACAGUUUGUGGAGCUGACAGUCCUCAACAACAGAUACCUCAUACAUACACUUUUAUCUUCUGUAUCACUUUUAUAGACUCUAGCAGACUAUGUGUUAGUGACUUGUGUAGUUUCACACCACACAUCUGCACAAAUGCCAUGUUUAUUUUGUUUAAUUAUUAACUGGUUUUAAAGGAGAAUAUAUUGAGCAUGUGAUUAACAAA